AUGGGCGGUUUAACAACCCAUGUUUUAGAUACGGCACAUGGCAAACCCGGCAGCGGCAUCCCGCUGACGCUACAUCGCGUCAGCGCUGAACGAGAGUUGCUGGUUACGACGGUCACCAACAGCGAUGGCCGUACGGACCUGCCCCUGCUUGAUGAUAACAGCCAGGUACCCGACACGUAUGAGCUGACCUUUUCAGUUGCUGAAUAUUUCAGAAAGACCGGGGCCAUCGACGACGCGGCAUUCCUCGACAGCAUCACGCUGCGUUUCACCAUUACCGACAGCAGUCAUUAUCACAUCGUUCAUUGCCUGGAUGACACCGAAGCAGGACUGCAGUUUUUUACUGACGGUAUGUUGCUGGUAAAAGAUGGCAAGGUCAUCGAACUGGGACCUGCCGAAAAUAUACGUGCUCAACUUUCUGCAGACAGCCUGAUUAUUGAUCAUGGUGAACACCUGAUUUGUCCGGGACUGAUUGACUGCCACGUCCACUUUCCGCAGCUGGAUGUCAUUGCAUCUUAUGGCGCGCAGCUGCUCGAUUGGCUGGAAACCUAUACGUUUCCCUCAGAGGCACGUUACGGCGACCCUGAAAUUGCACAGGCAGACGCAAACUUUUUUAUUGAUGAGUUACUGCGUAACGGCACCACCACCGCACUGGUAUUCGCCUCUGUGCACCCGACAUCUGUUGACGCAAUUUUUACUGCCGCACAACAGCGCAAUAUGCGUUUAGCUGCGGGCAAGGUACUCAUGGAUCGAAACUGUCCCGCUAACCUGCAGGAUACACCGGCAAGUGCAUACCACGACUCGCGCGAACUCAUCGAAAAAUGGCAUCACCAGGACCGCCUGCUGUAUGCCAUCACGCCGCGAUUUGCGGUAACCAGCAGUGAUGCGCAGCUGGCAGCCGCCGGACAACUCGCGGAGGAGUUUCCCGACACAUUGAUACACACCCACCUGUCUGAAAAUUUAGACGAAGUGGCCUGGAUCACUGAACUGUUCCCACAUGCUCGCAGCUAUCUGGAUGUUUACGCCCAACACGGCUUACUACGGGAACGAUCAGUUUUUGCUCACUGCAUUCACCUGCACGAAGAAGACUAUCAGGAGUUUGCACAGCACGGCGGUGGUAUGGCGUUCUGUCCGUCGUCAAACCUGUUUUUAGGCAGCGGCUUAUUUGACCUGAAAAAAGCCCAUGCUUAUGGCGUCAACGUUGGUCUCGGCACCGAUGUGGGUGGCGGCACCAGUUUCAGCCUGCUGCAAACCAUCAACGCAGCCUAUAAAGUCCUGCAGAUGCAGAAACAGAGCCUGCACAGCGCCGAGGCGCUUUAUCUGGCCACGUUAGGCGGCGCUAAAACCUUAGGGAUCGACGACAAAGUUGGGAAUUUUCUAUCUGGCAAAGAGGCCGACUUCAUUAUUCUGGACAACACGCCAACCCCACUGCUUGCACGUCGACUGGCACAAGCACAUACACACAAGGAUGCAUUGUUCAUGCACAUGAUUCUGGGUGACGAUCGUUCCAUCAGUGAAACGUACAUACUGGGUGAACGGGUUUACAAAAAAGGUUGCGGUGAAGGCGACUGUGGCGCCUGCAUGGUUGUUGUUGCAGAACUGGAUGAACACACUCAAGUUCUGUCUCACAAGGCCAUCAACGCGUGUAUCGCUUUUCUACCCACCCUGCAUGGCAAGGCCUUGUUCACUAUCGAAGCCCUCUCUCGAUCCGCUGCCGAAGCACACCCUGUACAGCAGGCCAUGGUUGACCUGGAUGCGUCGCAGUGUGGAUUCUGUACGCCGGGUUUUGUCAUGUCACUGUUUGCUCAAUAUGAAAACGGUGUGCAGAUGAAUGCGCGCGAAGUCGAUGAUGUGCUUUCCGGAAACCUUUGCCGAUGCACCGGCUAUCGUCCUAUCAAGGACGCAGCGCUUGCGGUCUAUGACUAUCCAGCUGUUAAGAACCCCAUCGCCGAAUCGGCUCGCUUAAAACUGAUCGACCUGCAGGCAUCCAGCCGUUCUGCACCGGCGUUGCACAUGCAAGCCUCCGGUCGCACUUUUUCAUCCCCCACCACCGUCGAAGAAUUGAGCACACUUAUAUUAGAACACCCCGACGCGCAGCUACUUGCCGGCGGCACGGAUAUUGGAUUAUGGGUGACCAAGGCACAUCGACAGAUCGACCAAGUCAUCUACCUGGGUGAUGUCGCCAGUUUGAAAACAAUCGAGCUUACGGAGACAGAACUUACCCUGGGUGCCGCUGUGAGCUGGAGUGAAGCGAUGCCGGCUUUGAUAGAACUUUAUCCCGCCUUCGCGGAAUUGUUAACUCGCUUUGCAUCCGUACCCAUCCGCAACGCCGCCACAAUUGGUGGCAAUAUCGCAAAUGGAUCACCCAUCGGUGAUUCGAUGCCGGCUUUGAUGGUCGUUGGUGCUCAACUGCUGCUGCGCCAGGGUGAUAAAACCCGCACCGUGGCACUGGAUGAGUUUUACCUCGCUUAUCAGCAGACUCAGCUGACCGAGGGUGAAUUUAUUGAAAAAAUUAUCAUUCCGCGCCCGCAAGCAAAUCAGACCGUUGCCGCCUACAAAAUUUCAAAACGUUUCGACCAGGAUAUUUCAGCGGUCUGCGGAUGUUUUGCGGUUGAACUGCAGCCCGACACGCAGAUCGUGACAGAUAUAAAGAUCGCAUUUGGUGGUAUGGCCGCUAUUCCAAAACGCGCAACUCACGUCGAAGCACAACUGCUAUCCACCAUGUGGACGGAAGCAAAUAUAGAUCAGGCGUUAGACAGCUUUGCAGAUGAUUUUUCCCCCAUAGAUGACAUGCGUGCAAGUGCUGCUUAUCGAUCGCAGGUAGCGCAGAACCUGUUGCAUGUCAAAGCCACCGGUGGCGUCGGUGAACCUCAACAUCAUGACAGCGCUUACCUGCACGUAUCUGGUAACGCCCGCUAUACAGACGAUUUGCCGGAACCGAAAAAUCUCCUGCACAUUGCCCUGGGUGUCAGCCCACACGCCCAUGCCAUAAUUGAGCAUAUAGACCUGCAGCCGGUGCUGGCCCUGGAAGGUGUUGUUGACGUACUUGUGGAGGCGGAUAUCCCGGGUAAAAACAACUAUGGCCCGGUUCUGGAUGACGACCCCUUGUUAAGCGCCAAGCUGGUUCAGUAUGCAGGCCAGCCAAUAUUUGCUGUUGUUGCCGAAGAUGUCAUUACAGCACGAAAGGCGGUAUCCCUCGCUGUCAUCCACUAUCGCAAGCUGCCUUCCAUCAUCGAUGCGCGAACCGCUCUGGCGCAGAAUUCAUUUAUCCUGCCGAGCAAGGAAGCUACCGUUGGCAACCCUGUUAAAGCGUUUGCUGAAGCGCCACACCAGCUUACCGGCAGCACCAGCGUUGGCGGCCAGGACCAGUUCUACCUGGAGGGCCAGAUUGCCAUGGCCAUUCCAGGUGAAGACAACAAUAUGCUGGUGUACUGCUCGACUCAGCACCCCUCUGAAAUUCAACAUGUUGUUGCACAGAUUCUGAACCGAAAUUCCAACGACGUUAUGGUUGAAUGCCGACGCAUGGGCGGCGGGUUUGGAGGCAAAGAAAGCCAACCGGCAUUACUUGCAGGUAUCGCCGCGCUGGCUGCGCAGAAAAACGGACGGCCGGCAAAGCUUAGAUUCGAUCGCGACAUGGAUAUGAUAGUCACAGGCAAACGCCACGAUUUCGACAUUGACUAUGCGGUAGGGUAUUCAAACAGCGGGGAAAUCAGCAGCCUGGAUCUGAGCCUUGCAUCGCGCUGCGGCAUGUCUGCAGACUUGUCAGGCGCAAUCAAUGACAGAGCCAUGUUUCAUUGCGAUAACGCCUACUAUCUGGCCAACGCACACAUCACGUCUCAUCGGUGUAAAACAAAUACGGUCUCCAACACUGCUUUUCGCGGCUUUGGCGGCCCACAAGGCAUGUUUGCGAUCGAGUAUGUCAUAGACGAUAUCAGUCGCGCAUUGAGUCUGGAUCCAUUAGACGUACGGAGAACCAAUUUUUACGGCGUCAAUGAGCGGAAUGUCACCCCUUACAAACAGGUUAUCGAAGACAACAUCAUCCAGCAGAUUUUCGACACGCUGGAAAGCAGCUCAGAUUAUCGAGCCCGCCGUGCCGAGAUCAAAACAUUCAAUGAUAAAAACACCCUGCUGAAGCGUGGCAUCGCCAUGACACCGGUAAAAUUUGGCAUCUCAUUUACCACCACCCAUCUCAAUCAGGCAGGUGCCCUGAUUCACAUUUACAGCGAUGGCACGGUGUAUCUGAACCAUGGUGGCACUGAAAUGGGACAAGGUUUGUUUACCAAGGUGGCACAGGUUGUCGCCCACGAAUUUCAGAUCGACCUGGAAAGGAUAAAAAUUUCAGCCACCGAUACAGCUAAGGUACCCAAUACUUCUGCCACCGCAGCCUCCAGUGGUUCAGACCUGAACGGGCAAGCCGCAGCCGACGCCGCGCGGAAAAUAAAAAAACGACUGAUCAGGUUUGCUGCAGAGCACUUCAACACAGAUCCCGCAUCCGUUGAGUUUAAAAACAAUCACGUUAAGGCAGGACAACACCGGCUGACUUUCAGCGAGCUGAUUAAACUCGCUUACGAAGCGCGCACGUCUUUAUCUGCUACCGGAUUUUAUGCAACGCCAGACAUCCACUUCGAUCAGGAACAGUUCGCCGGUAAUCCUUUUUAUUAUUUUGCCUAUGGUGCUGCGGUGUCUGAGGUUGUGGUGGAUACCCUGACCGGCGAGAACCGCCUGUUGCGAGCCGACAUUCUGCAUGAUUGCGGCAAAUCUCUUAAUCCCGCAAUCGAUCUCGGUCAGAUCGAAGGUGGCUUUAUCCAGGGUGUUGGCUGGCUGACAACCGAGGAACUGCACUGGGAUGCAGAAGGUGUUUUAAAAACCCACGCACCAUCAACCUACAAAAUCCCGACCAUUGCAGAUGCACCUGUUGAUUUCAGGGUAAACAUCCUUGAAUCAGCGGCCAACCAUAAACAGACCAUCUAUCGCUCCAAGGCAGUUGGUGAACCGCCGCUGAUGCUGGCGCUGUCUACUUUCUUUGCCCUGCGCGAUGCAAUCGCAACACCCAACAACGUUUUGAUCGGUUGGCUGCAACAACUCAGCGAGCUACAGGCAACACUGUCUCCCCAACAACGCGGAGUGAUGAUCACGGUCGCCCGGGUACGUGGCUCUGCGCCACGGGAAGUGGGCGCCAGGAUGUGGGUCACCACAGACAUCACCAGAGGUACCAUUGGCGGCGGUGAACUGGAGUACCAAUGUCAGGCCAUCAGUAACCAGUUACUCGAAGGCAACAGUGGCAAUACAGCCUUUGUGCGGAACUUUCCACUCGGCAGUAACUGCGGUCAAUGCUGCGGCGGUGUUGUCGACAUCUUGUUUGAAACUUUCAGAGCAGCACCAACCACCUGGCAACAGCAGGUGACUGAAACACUGGCACAGGGACAAAGCGGCUAUCUGACAACCGACCUUGCCGAUGAGCCAGGCAAGAAGGCAUUCAGUGCACAUCAUCCUGCCGUCGGUAAAACCACAAUGGUUGAACACAUCCAACCUGCAACGGCGGCGAUUGCAAUUUUUGGUACCGGACAUGUCGGUACUGCGCUGGUUAAUAUCCUGACCCAGACGAAUUAUCAGGUGAUCUGUAUCGACAAUCGUCCGCAGCAGUUACCGCUUGAUGCCGCCACGAAUAUUCAAUCAACGUACCAGAAACAACCAGCCGCUUAUGUCAGCGCGCUCGCAGCAAAAACCGCUUGCGUAGUGAUGACCCAUAACCACGCCCUGGAUUUUGAUAUUUGUGCCGCAAUGCUUAAACGGGACGACUUGUGCUUCUACGGCCUGAUUGGCUCACAGUCUAAGCGUCAGCGUUUUCAACGCCUGUUCAGACAGGCGGGGUUAGACGAAGUGCAGAUCAAUCGCCUGACCUGCCCUGUUGGUGACACAGCGGUCACGAGUAAACGUCCUGGCGAAAUUGCCAUCACCAUCGCCGCACAACUAUUGCGGCAUCUUGAGGACAGCGAAAAAGGUGUUGGCGGCGAAGUGUGGUCUGUUCAUGGUGGCGGUUUCUACCAUGCACAGAAAUACAUCAGCGCACCUGACCAGAUGCCUGAGCCGCUCCACUGGUUUAAAUGGGAGGCUUACAGCACCUGGAUUUCCGGAAUUUUCCUGCUUGCUUUGAUGUACUGGUACGGCGCUGAAAUUUACCUGAUCGAUCAGUCGGUUAACUCAAUCAGCGCGUUAGCCGCAGUGAGUCUGGCCAUCGGAUUUAUUGCCGGCGGCUGGCUUAUCUAUGUAUUCAGUGGCCGAGGGGCAUACAUUCACUACGGCGCGGUGCUCGGCACGAUCAUGGUGGCUAACGUAUUUUUUGUCAUCAUUCCAGGUCAGAAGCGCAUGGUUGGCGCUGCCCAGGAAGGGAAAGCGCCAGAUCCACAAUACGGUAUCAGAGGCAAACAACGCUCGGUUCACAAUACUUAUUUCACGUUGCCGGUUUUGUUUGUGAUGAUCAGCAAUCACUACGCUUCAACUUACUCCCACGCCUAUAACUGGCUGAUUCUGAUUGCUUUAUCUCUUGCUGGCGCGUUGAUCCGUUACUAUUUUGUAACCCGCCACAAAGGCAAAGCGCCGCUAUGGCCGGUGGCAGUCGCACUUGGCUUAAUCGCGCUUGUCGCGGUUCCGCUGGCACCCGCAAAACGGUCUGACGUCACUGCUACAGCCGUCUCUGUUGAUGAAGCACACAGCAUCAUUCUUACCAGAUGUGUUUCAUGUCACGCGGAACAGCCUACAUUUGCUGCCUAUACCAGCCCACCGGGAGGCGUCGUGUUAGAAACUACAGAACAGAUUCAGGCGCAGGCAUCGAGGAUUUACGAACAAACCGUUGUCAGUCGUGCGAUGCCUAUCGGCAAUCUGACGCAGAUAACGGAAGAGAUUAUGACAGAGCGUUACAGCAGAGAUCUCAUUGGCUAUGGGCAAAAACCACCGGAAGCGGAUUGGCCAGGCCAGGCGAAGCUGGCACUGCAGUUUGUGAUCAACUAUGAAGAGGGCGGCGAACGCAGCCUGCUCCACGGCGACAACGAAUCAGAAGCGUUUCUCUCGGAAAUUAUUGGCGCCCAGGCCUAUCAGAACAUGCGUCACAUGAGCAUGGAGAGUCUCUAUGAAUAUGGCGCUAGAGCAGGAUUCUGGCGACUGCAUCGUCUGUUUACCGAACGCCAGCUGCCGGUCACCGUGUUUGGCGUCGCCAUGGCGCUGGCCCGCAACCCCGAUGCAGUGGCCGCGAUGAAUGCUGCUGACUGGGAGAUUGCAAGCCACGGAUACCGCUGGCUGGACUAUCAGUUCAUCGACGAGGAAACGGAACGCCACCACCUGCAGCAGGCCAUCGAUAUUCAUCAGGAGGUCACAGGCGCAGCUCCUCAAGGCUGGUACCUGGGGCGAACAAGCCCCAAUACCCAUAAGCUGGUCGCCCAGAACAACAGCUUUUUGUACAACGCAGACAGCUAUGCAGACGAUCUGCCCUACUGGGACACACAAUUUGCCAAUCCGCAGUUGAUGGUGCCUUAUACACUGGACGUUAACGAUAUGCGGUUUGCUACAGCCCAGGGUUUUAAUACCGGCACCCAGUUCUAUGACUACCUUAUCGACACAUUUGAGCAGUUGUAUGCCGAAGGUCAGGACGCUUUUGUGCAGCGCUAUGGUGGCGUUUAUGAGCACUCACCCUGGAUCGCACAGAGCAGUUGGGCAGAGGGCCAAAAGGCAUCCACAGCGGCGGAACUAUCGGCCAUUAUGUCCGCGAUUGUCGACCAGGCGGAGACAAGCAAACGCCUUGCGCUGAUCCGCGCACACCCUGAUCUUGCCGGUCGUCUGGCGGUGGCUGGUGAACUCACCGCCGCCUCUACAGACGAACAGGCCAGCGCGGGUUUGGAUCAAUGCAGUCCUGAGGAAUUUGCCACUUUGCAGCGGCUCAACCAGGACUACAAAAAGAAAUUCACCUUCCCGUUUGUCAUGGCCGUGAAAAACAGCAAUCGGCACAAAAUCAUGGCGGCCUUUAAAGAACGUCUGGAAAACAGCUACGACACAGAAUUUGAUAAGGCCAUCGCCGAGAUUCACAAAAUUGCCCAUCUCGCGCAACCACGCCUGGGCAGCCAGGUGGUUUAUGCAACGGAUGAUUUUUUUGCAGAUAAAUCGAGGCUGAUUGACCCCAAACCGCCUGUCUUCAUCCCGGAUAAGUACGAUGACAAUGGCAAAUGGAUGGACGGCUGGGAGAGCCGGCGCAAACGUACACCCGGCUAUGACUACUGCAUCGUUAAACUGGGUACACCCGGGAUCAUCCACGGCUUUGAUAUCGAUACCUCUCAUUUCACAGGCAAUUAUCCACCGGCUGCGUCUAUAGAUGCGUGCUACAGCAAUGCGCAGAUCCCUGCCGAGACAGCAGAAUGGGUAAACAUUGUGCCCAACAGCAAGCUGGCAGGAGAUAGUCACCUGUUCAUGCCAGUCAGAUAUGAACAGCCGGUCACCCACCUGCGGCUGAACAUAUUCCCGGACGGCGGUGUCGCGCGUUUACGCGUCUACGGUGAAAUCCGCAAAGAAUGGCAACAACAUCCGCCAGGAAGCGUUACCGAUCUGUUUGCUCUGGAGAAUGGUGGGCGAGCCUUAGCCUGCAAUGACGAACAUUUUGGCAGCAUGCACAAUCUCAAUAUUCCCGGCCGUGGCGUGAACAUGGGCGACGGCUGGGAAACGGCUCGACGACGCACACCAGGUAACGAUUGGGUUAUCCUGCAAUUGGGCACACCCGGCAUCAUCAGUGAAGUUGAAAUUGAUACCGCGCACUUUAAAGGAAAUUACCCAGAUCGGGUUUCUCUUAAAUGUAUCAACCUGCAUGUCGACACAAAAGAAGACCUGGCAACAGCCUCAGCAAACUGGCCGCUGUUAAUGGCUGAACAAAAGCUGACAAUGGACCAUAUUCAUACCUUCACCGAUCUGAAACCCCACGAUGCUAUCACCCACGUACGUAUGGAUAUUUUCCCGGAUGGUGGAAUCAGCCGGAUCCGACUACGCGGCAUACCCUCACUUUUGGAAGCCUAA